AUGGCGAUGAGGAGGGCACUUUUGAGUCGACUCAAAAUUCACGAGUAUGGCGAUGAGGAGGGCACUGAUGGCGAAUACGAAGAAGCAGAGGAGGGUUGUUGUGGUGGCGAACGCGAAAAAGAACCGACAUCGCAGCACCUUGCCGAUGCUCUCCCUCUCCUCACCUUGCCGAUGCUCUCCCUCUCCGCACCUUGCCGAUGCUCUCCCUCUCCUCACCUUGCCGAUGCUCUCCCUCUCCUCACCUUGCCGAUGCUCUCCCUCUCCUCACCUUGCCGAUGCUCUCCCUCUCCUCACCUUGCCGAUGCUCUCCCUCUCCUCACCUUGCCGAUGCUCUCCCUCUCCUCACCUUGCCGAUGCUCUCCCUCUCCUCACCUUGCCGAUGCUCUCCCUCUCCUCACCUUGCCGAUGCUCUCCCUCUCCUCACCUUGCCGAUGCUCUCCCUCUCCUCACCUUGCCGAUGCUCUCCCUCUCCUCACCUUGCCGAUGCUCUCCCUCUCCUCACCUUGCCGAUGCUCUCCCUCUCCUCACCUUGCCGAUGCUCUCCCUCUCCUCACCUUGCCGAUGCUCUCCCUCUCCUCACCUUGCCGAUGCUCUCCCUCUCCUCACCUUGCCGAUGCUCUCCCUCUCCUCACCUUGCCGAUGCUCUCCCUCUCCUCACCUUGCCGAUGCUCUCCCUCUCCUCACCUUGCCGAUGCUCUCCCUCUCCUCACCUUGCCGAUGCUCUCCCUCUCCUCACCUUGCCUAUGCAUUGCCCCACCCACGGGCAGUGGUGGUCGAAUCGUUCCACACAGUUGUUGCACACGCUGCAGUGCGAGCAGCGGGGGGGUCUGCAGGGAAGGGGGGGAUUGA